AUGGCCACCAGCAGAAGCAGCAGCGCACAGUACGUGACGCCACGAGGCAACUCUGCUGAAGACAUUGAAGGAAACAGCUUUCUGAACCACUUCUCCUCCCGCCACAGCCUGCAAAUGGGUGCCCCUAAGCAGCAGCAGCAGGACUCGCAAGAGCAGCACUGGGUAGACCAGCAGCAAUGGGAACAAGAGCAGGAGCAGCAGCGUUUGCUAUUACAGCAGCAGAUGCAGCAGAAGCAGCAACAACAGGGGGCACCUGAGGGGCAGCAGCAACAAGGCGCUGGAGGAGCAGAAGGAGAGUAUGUGGCUCCUCUGGAUACAGAAAAACUUAACCAAGCGGUUUUGCAGCACCUGUGGCAGCAGCAACAACAACAACAGCCUUCCGAAGACUUGAAUAAGAUGGUGGGGGAGGGGGAAUGGGAAAGUCCCCGAAAGGGUGCCUCCUGGGUGUAUACACGGGCUAUGUCCGAUUAUACGGGUUUCAUGCAGAUGCCAGCAGCAGACAGCGAGGAGCCGCCGGAGAAGCAACCUUCAGGCCUGCAAGCCAUCAACUCCGGCAUUUAUGUGCCUGGGGUUAAGCAGUGGAAUGCCGCGACCAAUACUCCAGUUCUGCCAGUGGGGGAAGAGACGCAGAAGCUAGAGAGCCGCAAGUUUACAUAUGACUCUAGGACGGGGGAAUACGUGAAUGCUCACGAUGAGCGGGACAGGAUCCCACGGGAGCAGCUUCAGGAACUCAGCAGGGCCCUCUCAACUGCUGCUGUAAAGGAGACAGUUGUAGAUAUCAUGCAGAGAAGAGCAACGCUCCGCAAGAUGUCCAAGGCCUCUCGCCUCUUCCUCCAAUGCAACAAAAAGGAUCUUUCAACCCUCUCGGGCUCUCAGGGCCGCUUGCCUCCCGUUGUUAUGGCGUAUCUUCCCGACAGAUAUAUCAAGACUUACGACCGCACGAACUGCAUGGGGCAGCGGAUUUCUACAAGGCGUCACGAGCCCAGCAGCUGCUGCAGCUGA